UAGUGCCCUCGAUGGUUUAACACCUCUGCUGCUGCUAUUUUCCAUAAAAAACAUAAAAUUAGUGACACAAAAUGCGCCUCACCAAUGUCCUGUUCAAGAAGGUGAAGAGCAAACGGAUCAUGGUUGUGCUGGAGAGCGUGGUUAGCGGACAUCAGUACAAUGCGUUCCGCGAACGCCUGGCCGAGAAGAUCGAGGUGAUACGCUUCGAUCCGUACAUUCAACAGGAGAGCCUCUACCGCGAGCGCAAGAAAAUCCGCAGCGCCUGAACUACAGAAUAAAUAAAUGUUACACUACA